UACUCAAUUUAUCAGAAAAUGAAGACCAUCAUCGCUCUACUCGUUGUUACAUUAGCAGUCGCCGCUCAGGGCUCAUACGUCCCAUCCGCCUGGCCUGCAAGUGCGCCUCUCGGCUGGAACUCGUGGAACGGAUUGAACAAGUGGAACAGUUGGAACGAUCACAGCAUUAUUGAUACCCCACACGUCAACUCGUGGCCCUCAGCAUGGCCCACUGCUUCCCUCAACUAUGGCUGGAACGGAUGGUACGCUCCAAAAACAACCGUCGUUCAAGCCAACGUUGCCAGGGUCGAUCCAUGGGGACUCCAGUGGGGCGACUAUGGUCACGGAUACAACAACUAUUUGGGAGUUGCCCCGACGGCCAAAUACGUCACCUCCAAUCCAGGAUCGGUUAUUGUAGCCCCGCUGGCUGGACACGCCCUGAAUCAGAAGUUGAUUGUUGCCUAAA